CUUUCUUACCAUGAAAACACCACUUUCCUAUCCCUGGUUUGCUGUCAAAAAAUCAGCUGUACAUUUUUAAGGUUAUGUUAUUUUUACAAUAAAUCAAAUUUUAACUGUUAUUUAAUUAAAUAAUAUCAAGAAAUGUCAUCCGAUUUUCAACAUGAGGAUUUUCAAGUAUCCCACAAAUUAUCAAAAUAUGUAAAAAGUAAUUCUCAAGAGAAAAUCAUCUCAAUCUUAAAAAGGGCGAAAGCUGAUUCAAAAUGUACAAAGCAACUUUUUAAGGAUGAAAAUUUAAAUCUUUUAAUAGAUCUUUUAAAAAUUCAAAAUCUUGAGAUUAUUAACUUGAGUCUAAGCAUUCUGGCAGAUAUGUGUCGAAAUCUUGAAAUCAGAGAAAAGAUUAGAGACCCAAAAAUCACAACUUAUACAUUAUGGAUUAUACGGAGUUUAGAAGGAAACUACAAUCUACAUUGUCGUGCCGUAAGAUUGAUUGGAAAUUUAUCUGAAUGUAGUUGGCACGCAAAAUCUUUGUGUGAUCAACAAGCUGUUGGUGUAUUAACAGACAUUUUACACUCCAAAACCUAUACUGAAGUUCAUAUAAUGACUGUAAGAGCUAUCAGGAAUAUUUGGAAUUCGCAUAAGAAAAGUCGAAUUGAAAUUCAACAGUCAGGUGCAAUACCGAAAAUUGUUACUAUGUUUGUUAAAGCUAGGGCAAAGUCAGAAUCUAAAUAUGUUGGUUUAACGAAAGCAUGCUUAAAAGCAAUGUGCUCGUUUGCAGAGAGUCUAGAUGGUGAGAGUGCAGUACAAAUGCGCGGUGAAAGCAAUGAAGAAGGUUUUAAGAAUAUUAUAGAACUGUGUGAAGAGAAAAAUGACUUAGCCCUGAAGUGUUUAUACAAUUUGUCUUUAAUAGCAGAAUGUCGUCCUAUAUUAGGAGACUGUGGUGUAAUUCAAAGGUUAUUAUUAUUAAUAACUAAUAAUGAGAAAUUGUCCUGGCAAAUUUUAGGGAGUUUAUGUCUUUUUUGUCGAGAAGCCAUAAAUCGUGUACGACUUAAAGCAGCCACUGGAUUAGAAGUAAUGAUGGCGUUAUUAAAGAAUAAUGAAAAUGAGAAAUUCCAUUCUAUGAUAUUAGAUGCAUUUCUUUUAUUUGAAUACGACAUGGACGGUAUUGGAGUUAUGGUAAAAAAUGGACUAUUAGAUGUACUUAUUGAAAAACUUAAAUCCAUGAUCAAAGCUGAGGAGUUACAAAGUAAAAAUGAGAAGGAGGUAUCAAAGAAACGUUCAGGCGAUUCGUCUCCUUAUGAAAGAGCUGAUUAUAAGUAUAACAGAACUUCGAUUGGAAGGUUUAGUUUAGAUUAUCAUUAUGAAAAUUGGAGUCCGAGUAGUGGAGCCAGUACUUCUUCUUCUCCACCUAGUACACCACCCUUGCCUCUUUAUAAUUGUAAAGAUUUCGAUGAGAGUGCAGAAGAAAAUUAUAGUCCAGUUUGUAGUGAUGAUGAUUGGACUGAAAAGGAUCAUAACACAAAUUUUCAUGAUAAAGUAAAAUCAUCUUUUACUAAACAUGUGAAUAAAUCAACUUUAGCUUUAUUAAGCAUAUUAAGUGACUCUAAUGAGCCAAUGGAAAAAUUAGCUGAUCCAACAGUAAUAACGUUGUUAUCAACUUAUAUUAGAUUUACCAAAGAUCCAAAAGCUUUAAAAAUUUUAACAAGAAUUUCAAAGAAUAGUGCGUAUCUAGUGCCUUUGAUACAACAAGGUUUCGUUUUUGAAGCUCAAACAAUUUAUGGUUGUAAACAAUGUUUGCUACAUCUAUCAGCGUUAGCUGAAACAGGUGGCGCUGUUGGACAAUUAUCAUCAAUUCUUUUACGUGGUACUGAGACAAACAAAAAUAUGAUUGCAGUUUCUAUACCGUUUCUUGUAAAAUCUAAAAAAAGUCUCAGGUACUUACUAGGCGAACAUGGUGGGAUUCCGUUAAUAUUUCGAGUCCUUGAAAAUCCAGAGCACAGUUUACAUGAUAAUGCAAUCUUGACAAUUAGUCAAUUAGCACAGUUACUGGAGAUUCAGCCUCGUACUAUUGACUGGAGUGAAUUAUUAAUGGAAACUAAUAUUGAACCAUUAGAUAGAGCAAAAUGUGAUAAUCUUCCGAAACCUUCCAUAGUUACAUUUAUACUCGAUGAUGGAACUGCAGUUGAUGCUUGCAGGCAUACUCUUUGCCAAAAAUCGGAAUUCUUUUCAGCAAUGUUAAAUGGAAAAUUUCUUGAAGCUGGAAAGAAAAAGAUGUUAUUGAAAGAUACCUCAAAGGAAAGUUUAAAUGCUCUUUUACUUGCGGCCAAUGGUGAUACAUUUUACAACCAAACAAUUGAAGAACUUCUUGAUGCUGUUUUACUUGCCAAUAAAUAUUUAAUGCCUGAUGUUUUGGAAAUACUGAUUAAAAGCUCAAUAUCGAGAUUAAAUUAUGAUAAUUUUAGUCGCGUGUGGAAUUGGACACGACAAAAUUCUCCACAUUUUCAUGUUUGGACACAUUUAAAGACUUUUUGCUUAGAAAGCUUUUUAACAUCACGAAUGACUAGAAACGAACGUCUUCAAGCAUUUAGAAACUUUGCAGCUGGCAAUGACUUCCAGAUAUUCUUGGUAGAGAUUAAAGAAAUAUUAAUUUCUAAUCUCUAUCUACCGUAAAUAGACUGUUUUUUUAACUAUUGUUUUCCUUUUAAUUGUAUAUAUUCAUAUAUAUUUGUUUAUAACAAAUCGAAUUUUAAAAAAUUAUUUGUACUAUAAAUUAAAUUAUGUAAUUUUAUUUUUAGUAAU